GCGUCGUCCCUGAGCCCCGGCUUCAGCUCCUGGAAAUCGGCCGCCCUCCCUAAGAACUUGGGGAUCGCCCCGAGCGGCAGCAGUGCUUUCAGCCCCUCCUUGAACGCCAGCUCCAACUUCUCCGCCGGCAAUAAGUAUGCCUUGCUCAACAGCCCGGGUUUGAAGUCACAGGAUUGCGUCCAGUACAAACCCCACGUCCACUCCACGGUCGAAUAUUUCGCAAACUCCGUGCACCCCCGGGUCGACAUGGCUCACUAUCACGAUUCUUGGUUCCGACCCCCUCCCCAGGGAGGGGCAGCCGAGGACGGGGGUCUCUCGACCGCCUGGUGGGAUCUACACGCCGGCUCCAACUGGGUGGACUUUCAGAGCAGUCAGCCGACGCUUCCGAACUCCCCCCACCCAGGCUCCCUGCAGCCCCCUCUCGGGGGUUACGGGUCCGACCAUCAAAUCUGCGGCCCCCCGACCCACCUGCUCCAGUCGGGCCCGGUCAUGAUCAACCAGGAGGGCUACAAGCAGACGGAGCCCGUCCAGGAGCCGCUGCUGCUGAACCAGAGCCUGGAAGGGGCUGGGAGGGCUAAGAGUUCCAGGCGCUCGCUGUCCCGGAGCUCGGCACAGGGGAACUGCCGCUGCCCGAACUGCUUGGAGGCGGAGAGGCUGGGCUCCCCCACGGACGGGAGCAGCAAGAAGAAGACGCUGCAUAACUGCCACAUCCCGGGCUGCGGGAAAGCCUAUGUGAAAACCUCCCACCUGAAGGCGCACCUGCGCUGGCACAGCGGAGACCGCCCGUUCGUCUGCAACUGGCUCUUCUGCGGCAAGCGCUUCACCCGCUCGGACGAGCUGCAGAGGCACCUGCAGACCCACACGGGCUCCAAGAGGUUCUUCUGCCCCAUCUGCAACCGGGUCUUCAUGAGGACCGACCACCUUACCAAGCACUUGAAAACGCACGGGGAGAGCGGGCAGCUCCCCCCGGGCAAGGAGGGCGCCGGGGAGGCCAGCAAGUGUACCUCGCUGCCGGCUCAGUCCCAGUCUCCAGGGGACAUCCAGAGAGACUGUGAGGCCAAGGGGAUCGGCGAUGGGAUCCCGGCAACUGAGCGACAGCAAAAUUAAAGACUUGUGGGAAAGAAAUGUCGUGUGAAUUAGUUGCACUUGUGAACUGCUGUAUCUAAUACCAGAGUGAAGUUUUGAAGGAAAUCUAAAAAGGUUCCACUGAUCCCCAUGCUCUUACAUUAGAAAAGGGACUUUCUGUUUUGAAAAGAGGCGGAGAAGAUCAAUUUUCUGCUCCUCGGGGGAAAAGAAACUUACAGGAUAAUUGGGCCCAGCCUCGGUCCCGAAAUAUCUUCCUCCCUUCACAAAACUGUGCAGUAAUCUCUGUCUCACCCACUCGCUGAAUGUCUCUCCUCGGUCUCUUCAUUAUAACUUCACUGAUCUCCCCAACCACAGGGAAUGGUCCUUUCUUAUUCACU